CAGAAAGAGCAAGUUAUAUAUAGACUCACGAGAAUGUUAUUGUUUUACAUUUUGUUCCCUCAAGUAAUUUAUUUAAGACACAUCUUUCAGAAAGAAAGAAAAUAGAAGAAGGAAGAAUCUACGUUAACGGACCGGAUCAUGGAGAAGAAGGUGGCUUUGGUGAUGGCUUUGAUGUUGCUUAUGUCGGUGUUGAUUUCCGCCGAGGAAGCACCAACGAUCGGACAGAGGAUAGACUCAGCCACAACCGACUUUACCAAAUUCUUCAAUGAACAUGCCCGUCCUGCCGUGGACUCUGUCUCCUCUACCGUCAAAUCCGUCUACAACUGGUUUGGUGAUAAAGCUAAGGAAUGGGGACUCUAGAGAUUUGUUUAUGAGCGAAGAGGUUUGGAAAGCAUUUUCAGCGAAUAAAGUUUGAUCUCCAUGUAUUACGUUAUUUUUAAUUAAUAUAUAAGAAAAGAUCUAUAUUUGUCUUCUAAUAAGUAACAACUACACACAAAA